AUGGGCAACGGCCAAGGAAAGCCCGUCGAUCUCAAUGGCGAAGUAAAUCUCAAUCACUUCCGCUUGUUGCGGGUCGUCGGCCGAGGCGCUUUUGGCAAGGUGCGCAUUGUCGAGCGCAAGGACACAAAUUUGUCCUUUGCGUUAAAGUACAUUCGAAAGGAUGAAGUCGUUAAAUCCGAAAGCGUGCGCAACAUCAUUCGCGAGCGAAGGAUGUUGGAAUACGUUAAUCACCCCUUUAUCUGUAACUUGAGAUACAGCUUCCAAGAUAUUGAAUACAUGUAUCUCGUGGUGGAUUUGAUGAGUGGUGGUGACCUGCGAUUUCAUAUUUCAAGAAAAACCUUCACUGAGGAAGCCGUUCGAUUCUGGAUUGCUGAACUCGGGUGUGCACUGCGUUAUAUCCAUGAGCAAAAUAUCAUCCACAGAGACGUCAAGCCCGAUAACGUUUUACUCGAUGCCGACGGUCAUGUCCACUUGACAGAUUUCAAUGUGGCAUCGGAUAUCGUUCCAGGAAGGGUCCUUACUAGCAAAUCAGGCACAUUGGCUUAUCUAGCACCGGAAGUCUAUUCAGGUAAAGGCUACACUGUGUGUGCUGACUGGUGGUCCCUGGGAGUCUUAUUCUAUGAAUGCAUCUACAACAAGCGCCCCUUUGACGGCAGCAGCGAAUCUACACUCAGCCAACAAAUUCAGAACUCGAGCCCCAGAUAUCCCGUUACACAGCCGCCUGUCUCGUUGACCUGCCUGUACUCUAUUCGGGCAGCUCUGGACCCAAACCCACGAACUCGUAUGGGUUCAACCUGGGAAAGUUUCAUUUACAACGACUUUUUCAAGGCUAUCGACUUCAACCUCCUAGAACAGAAGAGGAUAGAGCCUAUUUUUAUCCCCUCCUCUGAUAAAACCAACUUCGAUGCCACAUACGAUCUUGAGGAGCUGCUACUCGAAGAGGCACCUCUGGAGGCUCGAGCUAGGCGCCAAAAGCCUCGAGAAAGAUUAAAGGAAGACGCAACAGACCAGGAGAUCAGAGAGGACGAGUUAUAUCGCAUGAUCGAAAAGGAUUUCCGACCCUUUGAUUAUACUGUGGCCGCGUACAAGAAAAUCACGGAGGCAUCUCGCAGCUUGAAUGGGGAUCCACAAUCGGACGUACAGCCAAAUAAUCACCCUCAGGCUCUAACAACAGAUAAAGCUACACCUAUUCCUGCCGGUGGAACCGUUCAACAAACCUCUCACCCAGUACCUGCAGGAACAAUACCUAACCCUGAUCCUAGACAAGGUCGACCUGUGCGUCCCGCGCCGCCGCCUCCCCUGUUUCACCAGAGCGAAUACGUCUCGCGAGCACUGCCGCCGACAAGCAAACGAGUAGCAAGUUCUACCGGUGGGGUCUCAGUGACUCUGGAUGGCGGAGGGAGUUGGUCUGAGCUUGCUCGACAGGAUGCCACGCUUCCGACUGAUGCCAACACGCCAGCCGACUCCAAGGCUGAAAGCUCAAGCGGCAUGUUUGGCUUUCUUAAAAGCAAAAAGGGUAGAAACAACAGUCCCAAGCCCAAGGAAAGAGGUGUCCUGGGCAAAGAAGGCGCAAGAGUGAUCAUCAGCUAG